CGCGGCUUUUCGAGCAAUGUCCGAAAACAACGUAGCUCCUUCUAUAAGUGAUUUCGUUAUAUUGAAACCUAUAAGCAAAGGAGCUUUUGGGAAAGUGUUUUUAGGUGCUAAGGCAAACAACAUUGACAUCAUAUACGCAAUAAAAGUUAUGUCUAAAGAAGAAAUGAGAAAAAAGAAUCUUGUGGAGAAAGGUAAGUAAUAGUUAAUCAAAACUAGUUCAUAGUCACUUGCGAGCGAAAUGCUCUUGCUGUUAGUAAGUGUCCAUACAUUGUCCAUUUGUACUACUGUUUGCAAACCAUCAGUCAUAUAUACUUGGUUAUGGAAUACCUCGUCGGCGGUGACCUCAAAUCACUCUUACUGGUUAUGGGCUGUCUUCAGGAAUCUCAUGCUGCUAUCUAUACUGUUGAAAUUGCAAUAGCUUUGAAAUAUCUUCAUAAACAUGGAAUAAUUCACCGUGAUCUUAAGCCAGAUAAUAUUCUUAUUGACUCUAAAGGACACUUAAAGCUAACAGACUUUGGGUUGUCUACGAUAACAUGGAAGCGUCCUUUACAGCCGAGUGACGUUUUGAAUACACCAUCUGUUGUUCCAUUACCUGUGCAAUACUAUCGAACUCCUGGUCAGCUUAUUUCCCUCACAACUGAACUGGCUUUCACGGAUACACCUAUCAUUCAUGAAACUGAUGGACCUCUGGAGAAGCACUUGUCAACUUCACAGGAUAAUACUAUCAAAACUUACUCUUCUCCAGACUGCUUGUCUUCAAAAAAACAUCACUGUACUAAUUGCAAUAUUUCAAAUUCAUUUCACGGAACCUCUUCAGAACCUUCUCAAUCCUUAGUAAUUUCCAAUGAACAGCAUGCCUGGGCUUCACGACGAUCCAAGAGUUCUAACGAUUGUAGUUCUAAAGCUUGGAAACCUUGUCUUCGUCGCAAUUCGCUCCACUGGUCACCGAAAUCCGAUAAAUCGCACAUAAAGGGUCCUCAGAAUUAUGAAACAUUGAAUAAUCAUUUAGAUAAGCUACAGACAUCAUACUCCAAUCUGGCUUUGUCACUCAAACCUGGAUGUAAAUUUUGUCACUGUCAACAUUACAGCGACCAUCCACUUCAACAAAAAGAACCAACUUCUGACCUAAAUGCUAUUCAUAGUUUAGCAAUCGACAAAUCAAAACUGUCGCCAUCGGAUCGCAGACAGCAGUGUCAGAAUAUGGAAAAUAUGCUUCGUAAUGAUACAAAUUCGUGUUUGAAAAUUUCUUCUUUAAACAAAGAUAUGCGGAAUUUAGUUUUGAACUCCUCUCCAUAUAAUUUGACGGAUAAAAAUAAUUUAAAGCUAAUAACCAACUCACCUGAUGCUGUCAAAAGUCAUCCUGAUUUUACUUCCCCUCAUCCAUCAUCUAAACCAAAUACUUUGGCGGAAAAUCUAUUGUCACCAGUUGAAAAAGCCAGACUAAACCUGUUCUGUCAUUCGCCAUUAUCCCACUUUUCUUUAGCUAUAAGUGGUGAUUAUUUCAUAGAUGAUAUAAAUCCCUCAAAUCCACCUACGGAUGACUGUAUAACUUCGCCAGUGUUACCUAAAACACCUUUAAAAUUUCUCCAUGAUUCUUCUUCUUUCGUAGUUAAAAAAAACAGCAAACAUUUUACUCGAGAUUUCCAGUCAGUUGAAUUAGAAAGUAAUAUUCUUGCUCAAACAUUGCUUCCUUCUAGUCCUCUGUGUUCAACUGGUAAACAUCAGCGGUUUGCUGACAAAUUAACUACUUCAUUGGCUACUUCACCAACGGUUGAUCCACUUCAAGUUACUACAGAAUCGAUUGAAAAUCUAUCAUAUUCAAAGUGUUCAUCGAGUCCUUUGUUAGGUACUCCAGAAUAUUUGGCACCAGAAUUAUUACUUCAUCCUAAUUCUAAAAGUGCCUGUGAUAGUCCAGCUGUCGAUUGGUGGGCUUUGGGUGUUAUAUUAUUUGAAAUGUUAGUUGGUGUUACUCCAUUUGCUGAUGAAACUGUAGAGGGUAUAUUUCACAAUAUUCUCAGUUUAGACAUACAAUGGCCUGUUACUACCUUCGAAUCAUCUAAUAGAGGCGAGUCACCACAGAAGAACUGUACACUUUCGCAACCUGCUGUAAACCUAAUUAGCGGCCUCUUAUCUUACAAUCAAGCAGACAGACUCAAAGUUGCAAAUGAAAUAAAAUCAAAUGAUUUAAUAAUACCGGUUGGUGAUUGGAAUAAUUUACAUGAUUUAGAAAUGCCUUUCAUUCCUCAACCUGAUAAUUCAACGGAUACAUUUUAUUUUGAUAUUCGUAAUCAAUACAAUCAAUAUAGCGAGGAGGAUCUGUGUGCAAAUAUGCGAUGAUUUAAUUCACUGAUCAUAAUGAUACAAUUAAUUAUUAUCUGUACAGUUACUGUUAUGUUAUGCAUGCACGCACAUACUUAUCUGUCAACGAAUGUUUAUUUAUGUAUUCUAAAAAAAUUAUC